AUGUCGAGUAACGGUAAAUCACAGAACAUGGAAGUAAGUGUUCACUACGGUGCUGGGGGCUCUGACAAGGAAGAUUCUGAGGGGCAGGUUGACAUGGGGGAGAUCACACCCCCGGGGAAAGACUCGAAAGGAGGGAUGCCAAGUCUGUUUGAACGAGCAUCAGGGAGUUGGUGGAAUCCCAAAUUUGAUUCAGAUGCUCUUGAAAAUGAACAAUGGAAAAGUUAUUUUCCCCAGACACGAAGAAGGUUCCAAUAUUCUCUGUGCUAUAUCAUUGUUGCAUGUGUUGCCUGGUGUAUUUUCUUCGGAACGAGCAAAGUUCACCAUUGGUUACAGCUACUUGCAGGAACCUUGGUGAUCUUGGCUAUAGUUGCUGUGGUUCUCUGGUUCACGUUUACUAAAUUCUAUGAACAAUUUUAUCUCCACACAUCAAUUUUAGUAUCGGCUACAUUAUGUAUUGGAAUCUUGCUUCAUUUUGUUCUUUCUAAGAUGGAGUUGACAACUGUGGCCAUGUUCACAGCGUCCAUAGAGUUUAUUCUCAUGAUGUACACAGUUAUACCAAUGCCGUUAUUUGUUGCGGUCGGAAUUGGUGUCGUGCAUUCCAUAAUUUACGAAGUUUUGAUAACAAUCCAGCAUCCGGAAGCACAGGAGGUUACAUUUAUAAUUGGUAAGGUACUUCUGCAUCUUUGUAUACAUUUGAUAGGAAUUCACAUCUUUAUUAUGUUACAAGUGAGGCGUAGAAGCACAUUUUGGAAAAUCGGACAGUCAGUAAUGGCUCGAAGAGAGUUGCACAAAGAAAAACAAGUUCAGGAGCAAAUGAUUCAUUCUCUUAUGCCGAAGAAGGUGGCUGAUGAGGUCAUGGCCACCCGAGAAGACAAGACGGAAGAAGAAGUGGAUCCUGGUCAAGGAAAAAGGAACUCCAAGACCAAAAAGGAGAAGGGUGUUAUCGUGUUCCGACCAUUCAAUAUGAAUAGUAUGGACAAUGUCAGUAUUCUGUUCGCAGACAUUGUUGGUUUUACAAAGAUGAGUUCAAACAAGACAGCUGAGCAUUUGGUAGGGUUGUUAAACGAUUUGUUCGGUAGAUUUGACAAACUUUGUCAGGAAAAUGGGUGUGAAAAGAUCAGUACACUGGGUGACUGUUAUUACUGUGUAUCUGGCUGUCCACAGGAGAGAGCUGAUCAUGCAAAAUGUUGUGUUGAAAUGGGUAUGGGAAUGAUCACGGCUAUACAGCAGUUCGACGAGGACAACAACGAAUCAGUUGGUAUGAGGGUCGGAGUACACACUGGUAAAGUUCUCUGUGGAAUUGUUGGGACCCGGAGGUUCAAAUUCGAUGUCUGGUCAAACGAUGUCACCCUUGCUAAUACCAUGGAGUCAUCUGGUCUGCCAGGAAAGGUGCACAUCUCCGAAUCAUCACUCCGAUUCCUGGAUGACGAAUAUGAAGUAGAACCGGGAGAGGAUAUUGCAGACAACAGGACACACAAGGUGUUGGUAGAAGAUUACAACGUGCAGACCGGACUGUACCAGGUCAAACACAGGGAGGAUGAGAAAGUGAUCAAGACUUACUUCAUCGUUGGCCGCAAUGAAAAUUGCACAAAGGGACCCUCAAAGGUUAAUACAUCAGCAGCGUCGCCAUCAUUGACUCCAGAUAAUGUAGCAAUCACUGUAGAAGGGGAGACAACUUCUGGUCAAGCUGGAGAUGCUGAUAAUGCUGCGACAGAGUUACUUGCCUCGGAAAAGGCAUCUAAAUCUCCAGGUGACAUCGAGACCAACCGUGCUGAUGGAAAGGGGACAGAUGUGAAUGGUGUGACAGCAGCUCCCUAUUUAGGGCGACACCACAGUGAAACCUCGUUAGAUGGCACGGAUGUUAACAGCCCCAUCAACGACACCCUGAUGCACCACAAUCUGGAUGAUAGUGCGCAGAAUGACCUUUACAUCCUGAAGUGUAUGAAGGAGGAUGUAAAGAACAAAGAGUUCUUCUACAAGCCCCCCAUAUCUAAACUUACUCUGAGUUUCCAGAGCCCUACACUGGAGGAGGAUUACCGCGACCACUACAUUCAAGACAAUCAGAGAGAGAACACACUAUCAUCUCCACGCUACCAUGCCCUUGUCGAGAUCGUCAUAUCCUUCAUUGUCUUCACUGUAAUUUCAAUUUGUGCAUUUAUUAUGUUUGACCGUGAGUUACCAUGGAUACUAGUUUUCCUGGUAUCUUUAGUCCUGGAGAUUUUGGUACUUAUCCAUGCAGUCACAGAUGUCAAAUGUAGAAAAAAUAAAAUGGACUCUUGCAAAAACUUUGUAGAUUUCAUAUCCAGAUGGUAUUUCCGUAACUUCCUCGGAGCAAUUGUUGCUAGUAUCCCGGUAAUUGCAGUGUACUCAAAUAUUUCAUGUGGAAUACUGACCCAAAGCAUAUGGCAAGACCGAUUUUUCUCUUACAGCAUCAUGGUUGCAUUACUUCAUUACUGCAAUUUCACGAUGCUCAGCUCCUGGAUGAAGUCAAUCCUUGCCGCACUGGCAGGAGUUGUGUUGAUAGUUCUACUGAGUGUAAACAUUUGUACGUUUACCUCAAUUGCAAAAGAUGUCCCAGUCGUUUGGAACGCCACAAAUAUCUCCACCAACUACGAUGUGCAAACUGUGAUGUCAAAUGUCACUCGCUUUGACUACUUGUUCUCCGGAAGUCACCAACUGCAAUAUGAGAUUAUACUAGACAUGGUCUUACUUCUGUUUUUGGUCUGGUUCCUGAAUCGUGAAUUUGAAAUCAACUACAGGUUGAGUUUUAACGGAGAUGCUCAGGCUUCUGCCAACAAACAACAGAUGCAGCGAACUAUGGAUCAAGCUGAUUGGCUGUUACAUAAUAUCAUACCAGAGCAUGUAUCGAAACAGAUCAAUAAAAUGGGUGUGACAAAGUACUCCAAAAAUCAUAAGCAUGUUGGUGUUAUAUUUGCAACACUAGUCAACUUCAACGAAUUUUACGAUGAGGCAUACCAAGGAGGGAAGGAGUAUUUACGUGUACUUAACGAACUUGUCAGUGACUACGAGGACCUUCUUGACGAAUACAGAUUCAAAGACGUAGAAAAAAUCAAGACUAUCACAAGUACAUUCAUGGCCGCCUCAGGACUGAAUGAAUCUAAUCGGGCAAAAAACAAACACCCAUAUGCACAUCUAUUUGAGCUUAUGGACUUUUCUGUCGAAAUGCAGGGAGUUGUGCAGAGAUUUAAUGAGAGCAUAUUUAACUUUGCAUUUGAAUUAAACAUUGGGUAUAACUUUGGUGAAGUGACUGCAGGUGUCAUUGGUACAACCAAACUGUUGUAUGACAUUUGGGGUGACACGGUGAAUAUUGCCAGUCGUAUGUACUCAACUGGUGUCAAGGAUAGAAUUCAGGUCCCUGAGGCCACAGCCAACCUCCUGGGAGAGAUGUAUGAUUUUGAGUAUCGUGGUACAAUUCCAGUAAAGGGAAAGGGAGACAUGAAAACGUAUUUGUUAGUUGGCAAGAAACCUGGAGCUGAAUGGAAUUGA